AUGCCCUCAUCAAGCCUCGCAAUCAACUUUCCCCCGCUCCAAACCCACACUUACCAACACCCACACACCCACACCCUGAUCUUCCUCCACGGGCGCGGUGACAAAGUCCCUUCCUUUCUCACCGCCCUCUCGGCAUGGGAGUCCUCCACCGCCCUGACGCUCCGAACUGCCUUCCCCACCUUCCGCCUGGUCUUCCCUCAAGCACCCCUCCGCCCCGUCGCAGCAGCCGCCGCAAAGGGCGAAAGACUUGAAUGGAACCAGUGGUUUGACGUCUGGAACACCAACGACUUUUCCGACAAUGAAGAGCUCCAAGCUGAGGGGCUGAGAGAAUCGGUCAGUGGCAUCAGGGCAAUGAUCAACGAAGAAGCCGAGAUGCUUGGAGGUCGAUACGACAGGAUUUUGGUAGCGGGGAUCAGUAUGGGGGGUGCGACGUUGAUUCACACAUUGUUCAACCUCGAGAAGCCGAUCGGUGCCUUCUUGGGAUUUUGCUGCCGAUGCCCAUUUUCUGGGUCGAAGAAGACGCUGGAGCAGAUGAGAGCUGUGCUGGGACUGCCUGGGACGCCACAGGGGAAUGAAGUGCUGAGGAAGACGCCGAUUUUGUUGGAGCAUUGUAUCGACGAUCCGCUUGUUAGGAUUGAGAGUGGGAGGAACUUGAGGGAGGUGCUGCUGAAUUUUGGGGCAGAGAGAUUGGAGUGGAAGGAGUAUGGGACUGGAGGACACUGGUUCAAGGCGCCGGAUGGGAUGGAUGAUGUUAUUUCGUUUGUGCAAAACGUCUUGGAGGUGGUAGACAGCGGAAGCGGCAAAGAUGUUGAUAUGGACAUUUAG